GGUGUCAACGAUGUCAAAUCAGUCUUUGGACAGUGAACAGGACAAUGGUAUUCAGAAUUUUAUGUCUUCUUAGCCUUCUGGCUUUCUCUUAUGCUGGAGUUCUUCCACUCUUUGAUCCUAGGAUUGUAAAUGGAGAAGAUGCCAAACUAGGCGAGAUUCCAUAUCAGGUGUCUCUUCAAGAAAAAUAUAGCGACUUCCACUUUUGCGGCGGCUCUAUCUUGAACGAUAAUUAUGUCAUCACGGCAGCUCACUGUGUUUCCAGCAAAUCCGCCAGUGGAAUAAAAGUUGUUGCUGCAACGAUCAACCUUUCUAGUCCGAAGUCGCAGCAUGAAGUCCAAAAAAUCAUUGUGCACAAACAAUAUGAUGUCUCUAACUCCUGGAUUAACGAUAUUGCAUUACUGAAAGUAAAAACUCCCUUCAAAAAAUCUUUCACUGUCGGACACGUCCCUCUGCCACCAAAGGGACACGUCGUUAAGGCUAACGAUGUAGCUGUUGUAUCGGGGUGGGGCAGCCUCUGGCUAGGUGGACCAACUACCACUAAGCUACAACGAGUCAACAUUGUCAUAGCUGAUCAACAGUACUGCAAGAAUAAGUACGGGAAUAUGGGAUACACGGUUCAUCCUACGCAAGUUUGCGCACACGACCCAUCAGUAGAGAAGGGUUCUUGCCAUGGUGACUCUGGUGGCCCAUUGACUGUUGGUGGAAAACUCGUUGGACUGGUAUCCUGGGCGAGUGGUUGCGCCAGCACUACCUACCCCACUGUGUAUACACGUGUUGUGUCUUAUCUGGAUUGGAUUAAGGAAAACGCAGUUUAAACCAAUCCUUCUCGGUUCUAACUAAGAUCCGUUCUCUAUUCAUCUCUACAGAAUUUUCUAAUUAUGUUAAAUAACACAAAACGUAUUUGCAAUACAGAGAAAGUAAUAAAACUAUUUAGUGCUCAUACUGAUGUUCGAAAGAAA